UCCAAUGCAUCCUCUGGCAUGGGAGUUGCUCCUGAUAUCAGGGAGACAUUCCUGGAGCUUCAGAUGAAGAAGGCAUUUCGCUAUGUUAUCUUCAAAAUCGAAGAAAAGCAAAAACAGGUUGUUGUGGAGAAGACAGGGGCUACAACUGAGAGUUAUGAUGAUUUCCUGGCUUGUCUCCCAGAAAAGGACUGCAGAUAUGCCCUUUAUGAUUUUGACUUUGUUACUGGGGAGAAUGUGCAGAAAAGCAAGAUUUUCUUCAUUGCCUGGUCCCCUGACACAUCCCGCAUCCGCGCCAAGAUGCUGUACUCCACCUCCAAGAACCGCAUCAAGCAGGAGCUCGACGGGUUCCACUACGAGAUCCAAGCAACUGACCCGACCGAGGUGGAGCUCGACGUCCUCCGUGACCGGGCGCACUAGGGCGGAUCGAUGAUCACCCGUGGGCUUCAGUCGGAUGCAAAUUCAUGCUGUCCGUGGUAAUGCUGUUGCCGCAGUGUUGUUAAUAAGACAGAUAUAUCCAGGUUUCCUGUAAAACGUAAGAGUAUCAUUCAGCUGUUAUGCAUGGCUCUAGCUGAUGAAGUGUUGUCCGAGGUCUCUCUACUCGUAUGAUGUCGGAGCCUGUAAACGCAAGAAACCUCCCUGAAAAACGCAUGUGUUGUGGUAUUAAUACUGGUUUGCUAGGCUUGGAUUCUCCUGAA